GUGCCUUUACCGCUUCCCAGAUUCACCAUGUCCUUUGGAGUAGAACUAAAGGAUCAGAUACCGGCUAUUACGGAAUACGUGGGGGACGGGAUCCAGUCGUUGCAACAACUUCGCCAGUUUGUUCGAGAACGCAGCAACAUUGAGCGAGAAUAUGCACAAAAACUGGAAAAUCUGGCAAAAAAGUAUAAAGGGUCAGGAAAAAAAGCAACCAUGACAGACGCGUCCGAUGAGUGGGACUGGAACAAUAAUUCCAGUACAUGCUCCGUAGCGUGGUCUUCGCUUCUUGCGCAGACAGAUCUGAUCGCGCAAUGCCACUUUAAGCUCGUGGACGAGCUGAACGGGUCCGUCGUGGAAGCAUUGAAAACAUCCGCGGCCAUGAAAGAGGAAGCUCGAAAAAAGCAUAUCGCGUUUUAUCAAAAACUGAAAUCGGAGCGGGACAAGAUCUAUUCGGACAAAGAUAAAGCCAAACAAACGUACGAUGACGCUUGCGCAGAAACCGAGAACAUACGUGCCAAGAUUGAUAGAGGCACAGGAGAUCAAUCCAAGCAUCAAAAACAGCUGGAUCAGGCGUUGCUGGAUUGUUACAACAGCAAAAAUCUCUACCUUCUUGCCAUUGGCAUGGCCAAUGCUGAACGGUCGAAAUACUUUGAACAAGAUCUAUCCAUGAUCGCUGAUCAACUGCAAGACUUGGACCGUUCACGAGUGUUUGCAUUGCAAAAAAUGUAUACGACUUAUCUCAACCUGGAAAAGAAGACACUGCACGAAUUGGUGGGUUAUUACGACACGGCCCUGGAAUCGACGCAGAAAAUGGAUCCGGAUGUGGAUGCGGGCGUCUUUAUACGCGAUGCACUAGGAUCAUCCGAUAAUCACGAUGCCGCCGCCAAUGUGGAGUUCCACUUUAUUCCAUGGAACGGCCAUGGUUCGACAACCACUGACAGAGAUGAUCAUCUUGUAGCCAACGAUUCCGCUACAAUUUUCCUCAAUAACAAACUGAUCAAAAAUCGAAAAUUGCUGGAUACAUUGGCCGACGAUCUUUCCAAACGAUCCACCGAAAUGAUGCAACUCGAAAAGGCAGUCGACGCCAUUGACGAUAGAGCGUCCACAGAGUAUGACACGGCCAAAGAGAAACUGGUUGCUGUGAUGCGGGAUAUCACUUUGUUAUCUACGCAAAAAGUAAGAGUUAAAAGCGAGGUGGAUCUUAUUAUACGCAAUAUUGGAGAUGGCGGACUUCAGGCGCAAACUCAUGAUUUCAAACCUUCCUCUUUUACUAUCCCUACGACAUGCGACUAUUGUUCUAGUACGAUUUGGGGAUUAUCCAAACAAGGGCUGACAUGCAAAGCGUGUGGAUUCAAUUGCCAUGCCAAGUGUGAAAUGAAAGUGGCUCCAAAUUGCUCUCGUACCCGAGGAAAAAUCAAUCGCCAGAAAUCAAUCAGUUCAGCCUCAGUACGAUCCGUAUCUUCCUAUAAAGCUAACCCCGAAGCCACCGCAGAUAAUUCAAGGGCCGAAUCAUUCACAACGCCUAUUGCAGCGCCUGUGCAAGAGUCAACGGGACAGGAGCCUUUGGCACGCGCUCUGUACGAUUACGAAGCACAAACUAUGGAAGAAUUAUCGAUCAUGGAAAACGACGUUUUAACUGUACUGGAGGAAGAUGACGGAUCUGGAUGGAUCAAGGCACGCAAGGGAGACCAAGUAGGACUUGUUCCUGCCAAUUAUGUUGCCCAUGAUGAUACUGUUCAGGAUAUGCGGUCAUCACCAGACACACCCAUGACGGAGACGUCGAUUUCUUUCACUCCCGCCAUGUCGACGCCUGCUGUGGAAGAACCGGAGCCCGAACCGGCGACGGUCCCGGAAGUCGUAGUUGCGUUGUACGACUUUGAAGCGGUGAAUGCGGAUGAACUGAAUAUACGACAGGGCGAUCAAAUCUUGGUGACUAAAAAAGAUGACAGCGGCUGGUGGGAAGGUACUUCGAACGGUAAAACGGGUAUUUUUCCAGCGAAUUAUGUUGGUCCAUGCCAAUAAAAGAAUAAACCAAAAAAAACGGACGUUCGAGAACAAUCAUGCUACGCUAGGAUUCAUGUAGUGGUUAUAUAAAUAUCAUGCAAUGGCUUUGUUUGACCGCAACUCGCGAUGCCACCACACAAAACCAUGAUUUGCAAUUGCUCAGCUGUGGUCGCAGUCCAUUGUAUAGUAGAAUGAAGGUACAAUUAACCAAAAAAAAAGAU